AUGUCACCCCUUUGGGGUUUACGGCACAAUGCCCGAGAGGAAGGCCGGGAUGGUGAGGAUGAGGAACAAUAUACCGGCGAGGCAGGCAGGCCUGAUAAUAGAAGAAGAGCUCAUGAUGUGGAUGAAAGGACACGGCUCUUACCAGCUGAAGGAAAUGGAUACCUCCACCCUGAUGAUCCUGCAGUAUCGCCAUAUAAUCUAUGGAGUGUUCGGGCCCUAAGAGGGGUCACCUUGACGGUGUUAUUUAUAUCACUUCUUUGGUGGAUUCUGCUGCUCGUAUCGAUCUUCGUCAGCCCUCCUGGUAUGAGUAAUCGGGGAUCAGGCUUCUUUGAUUUCUCAUUCACCACCUUGACGAUAUCAAACUUGCUUAUUGCAUUGAUAUUCUUUACCAUCCCAUCUACGCCUAUGACGAUAUGGGCUACCACUUUAUCCAUCCUGUUGAGUGUCAGCCUGUUUCUCGCACUUGGAGUUCCGCGUCUUCGCGUUGAAGAAGGCUGGGUGGGUAUUGCAUCGGUGGCGUGGGCAGUCCUCAUUUCCCUCUACCUGGUAGCUCAAACCCGGUUGGUGGCUCAGGGUAAGAGGCAAGAAGAAGAGCGACUCACUGGCCGCGAGGAGACCCGCCGAUCACUCGGAGAAUGGCUGGCUAUUCUCGUUCAAGUGGUCGUUAUGGCUAUUACUGUGCUUGUUGGCAUCUUGCUCAUGUCCACGUUGAGUCUGCGCGCAAAGGAUGCUACUCUAGAGGCACCGGGACAGAGGUAUUAUGUCGAUAGCAACAAGUACCAAGUUCAUCUUCACUGCAUUGGGGACCAUUCGACUUCACGGAGUAGCAACGAGACUACCGUUACUGUCCUCCUUGAAGGAGGCGAGGCACCGGUGGAAUAUACAUUCCAAAAAUGGGUCGACGAAGCCUACCAGCACGGCGUGAUCAAACGAUACUGCUACUGGGACCGUCCGGGUAUCGCUUGGUCAGACAAUGCACCGUCCCCUCACUCGGCAGGAAUGUCGGCAGAUGCCCUUUCAGAGGCACUGGCAAUGGCUGAUGAAGAGGGUCCCUGGGUUGUAGUGUCGGCCGGCGUCGGUGGUAUCUACAGCCGCAUUUUUGCCAGUCGUCACCUUCGCGACAUCCACGGUAUUAUGCUUGUCGACACUCUCCACGAAGAUUUGCUUCAUAGCCUGGGCAAGCCAAGCCGGGGACUGAUGCUCUGGGUCUGGGGUAUAUUGUCUCCACUUGGCAUAGACAGACUGGCUGGUGCAAUCUUCAAGGGCCGGACUCGAGUAGACCGAGUCUGUGGUAUGCGAGCCUACCAGGGAGGAAAGUUCAUCAAGGCCGAGCUCCAGGAGAGCCUUGUUGCCGAUUCUAUCACCCGUAGCGAGAUUUCGAGCGCACGAAACAUCCAGGGCCAAUCCACCCCUCUGGUAGUCGUCAGUUCAGGCAGAGAGGUGAGACGAAGCCAGACCUGGGCUGAUAAGCAAGAAGAUUUAACCAAGAUCACGAAUAAUCUUGUUGCGUGGGACGUUGUCAAGGGAGCACCGCAUGAGGUUUGGGAUACCCUUGACGGACGAAGGACACUGGAGAAACGGCUAGGAGAAUUGGUGAACCAGGCUAAACAUUGA